UCAGGUUGAUCCUCUCUCUUCCCGCGCUCUCUCACCUUGCAAAUUUUGAAGAUGAAGGAUUCAAUAGGUUAGGAAGAGUGAAGAACACUCGUUAUUUUCCUCUCGCAUCUGUACUCAGUUUCCAAUUGUGUGAAUGGGGGACUCGAAACGAUGGACGGUGACCUACACAAAGCACAUCAAACAGAAACGCAAGGUCUACCAAGAUGGAUUCCUAAACCUCCACGUUUCCACCAGCAAGGUAUUGCUGUAUGAUGAGUGCGAAAAACUCUUGGAGUGUAGGCUCUUAAAGAGUGACGAAACUGUGACAUCUGGUGAGACAUUGGUUUUCAACGGUUACCUUGUUGACAUCGGUGAUCCCGAGGGAGACAACAAGCCUGAAUCUGAUUUCAAUGAUGAUAAGAAACACAAGAAUCAAUCGAGAUUCAGGACUCCUUCUGAUGCAAAAUAUUCCAAAGUGAAUGAGAAGGAGAAUGUUGCAUGUGUGCGGAGACCUCUCAGUCCAUCACAAAAAAUUAUCAGAGAAUUUAAGAAGAGAGAACUUCUCAAGUAUGGAUCGCCAAAGAUCAGUCAGGAAAAUCCAGAACCUAGUACCAAAGAGUGGCAUGUUCUAUACACCACACAAGUGACUCAGAAGGCAAAGAAGUACCAUGAUGGUUUUUUACGACUAGUUCUUCGUGGAUUCAGCGGAGCUCAGGUUAUGCUGUUUGAUACAAACAGGAAACUCUUAGAUAGUAGAUUCCUUAAGAAAGAUGAUGUAAUAAAACCUGGUGAAUCAAUUUCAUUCGAUUCAUAUUUGAUUGACAUUGAUGAGCAAACUGAGGAUCAAGGAAGUUGUACACCAGAUUCUAAUGUUCAGGGAGACAGGUAUACUAAUGUUAAGAGAAUGAAGCUGAACAGACAGAAAACUCUUGAAAAUGAGACCCAUGUAAUUGUUGAAAAAAGUGAAUGGAAGGUCCUAUACACCACACAAUUAACUCAAAAAUCCAAGAAGUAUCACGAAGGCUUUUUACAAAUUGAACUUUGUGGAUCUUUUGGGAAGCAGGCUGUUCUGUGUGAUUUGAGUAGAAGCCCUUUAGAACGCAGGUUCUUAAAGAAAGAUGAAGUUAUAAGGGCAGGUGAAUCAAUAUAUUUUGAUGGACAUUUGGUUGAAGUAGGAGAACCUAAAGGAAGUCAUCACUCUCCAACUAAGUUAAAUGAAGGAGGGACUAAUAAUAAUGUUGUUGAGAGGAGACAACUAGGACAUGGACAAAAUGACUGUCACAAGGUCAAUCCAUCUUUUGCUAAAGGAAAACCUCCGAGUGAGCUUUGUGAUUCAGGAUUGAACUUUCUGAUUACCAAGCUAGAAGAGAUAAAAUCAAUCGGGAUAACCCCAUCAAUCAAGCCUUUACGUGAUGCCAAUCAAAUAUUGUCCAUUUUACAAAAUCCUAACCCGAAGUCUCAGGAGAGUUAUGUAACAGGAGGCCGAUCGCUCAAUGGGUCUCGUCAAAGUACUGGGGACAGGCAAUCAACUGAGACUGUGAAAUCCCCUGAUAUUGUGUCUUCGGCAUCAGCAUGUAGUGGUGGUAGCUUCCAAUUUACCGAGAAUGUUAACAUGUCCCACCAGUCCCUCUCUAAGAAGGAUGCCCAGACAAAUAUAAGAGAGACAGAUGUUGGCUCUCAGUCUUGCCUCAUAACCAAUGAAGGGGAAUGUGGCGAAGAGUUUUCAGGUAAAAGGGAAACGUUACCAAGCUUUGACCUUGGAUUUUAACAGGUAAUGUAUCUUAAACGCAUGCUUCUUUUUUUUCCUCAUUUCUUCUUCUGGGAAGUCGCCGUCCUAGACAUUUUCUAUACUAUUUUUGCCACCUUCCGGUAAUUUGGCAUAUAACUUGCAUAAUAAUCAUUUAAAAAUUGAAAUGAAGAAAAAAGUAUUACCUGCCUACCUGACAUGAAAUAAUGAGUGCAUUUGUUGUUUGUUGUUUCGUGGAGGGUAGCAUCUAGCAUACAAACACUAUUUGUUUAGGUCCUUAGGCGAUGAAUGUUACCCGUCGUUAUUUUCUACAAGCUUUCUGUUAUGAUCGGAUGUUUAAAUGGAGAAUGAAAUUAAUAAAAAAAAAUAUUUUAUUACUUAAAUAGAUAACUAAUUCUAUUCAUAUCCACCAAAUUGAAGUAGAGUAAAAAAAAAAGGCAAAAAAAAAGUAGAAAAUGACUAAAUGUUUUAUUAUUCAAAGUUGAGAUUAAAAUGAUUGUUUUGUAAUGUUAGGGAUUAAAAUGUCUAAUGCUUACGAUUUGUUAACUAAAAAGGAAUUUACUUGAAAAUGAAAUGGUAGCGAGAAAUUCAUGAAUUUGAAAAAUGAGUGAUAUUUUCGUAGGUUUUAUCUUGUAAUGUAGAAUUCUUCAAAAUUAUAAUGCUAAUUGUUUUAAACCUUAUUUAUUAUAAAAACAAAUUAAUGUUCGUUAUUAUAUUUCGAGUUUUCAACUGUUAAGAAAGAAAGGCUAAAUAGGUCAGAGCAGCGAUCUGAUAGUUUUAUUGAUUGAUGUUGCAUCCGCAACGCGUUCUAAAUUCGAAUUUUCUCCAUUAAGCAGUAUCUAUCUGAGAUGUGACAUUGUUGGAUCCUAAAUAAGGACCGAGUGCUUGUGUAGAAGGUACAUAUCAAAAUGUGGGGCCAGUAUGUCAGUUAUAAAUAUGAUUUUUAUAAUUAAAAUAAAUAAAAACCAACUAUUUACAAUUAAAUAAUUUAAUUACUAGUAUCGAUUUAGUAGUAGAAUCAAAUAAUAUGUAUAAAUUUUUCGGUUUGAAUAUCAGUGUCAAUUUAAAAAAAAAUUGUAA